UCUCGCCUGAUUGUGAAAUCAAUUUCCCUUGAGAAAAAUUGCUUUGAAGGCUGCGCAUAUAAGGGAAAAUAAUAGACAAUAAUUAAUAAAAAAAGUCAAUCGAAGCCACAUAUGUAAACAACCUUUAAAGAAUCCGAUGCGCGAGCGUGUUAGCCAUGCCUCUAAUUAAUUUUCCUCCCUUAUUAGCAAUUAAUUCAUUUAAAUAUUUUUUUAGUAAAAUUAUUUAGAAAUGUUUUUUAAAUGUUUAUUAAUUGGAUUUAUUUAUUUAAAUGUUUCUUGUGAGGUUAAUACAAGCAAAGUAAAGAAAGAAGGCGGUAAGGGAACUGAACCCGUUUAUCCCAAAAUCGUUCACAUAGAGGGGUCGAGCAAUUUUGAUGAAACUUUGAAAUUGUUUAACAACAAAGGAAAACAACCUGAGAUAGAGGAAAAGGCUAAUAGCAGCUCAAAACCGAGAUAUUUUGGAAGCACAGCAAACAAGGAAGGCGGUAUGGGAGCAGAACCCGGUUACCCCAGAAUUGUUAAAAUAGAGGGGUCGAGCAAUUUUGAGGAAUCUUUAAAAUUGUUGAACGGCAAAGGAAAAGAACCCGCGAAAAAUGAGAAGGCUAAUAGUAGCUCGAAAUCGAGAAUUUUUGAAAAAAUUAAAAGUGGAAGCAAGGGGAAAAGCAACCAAAAUCUGGAAAUGAGAGAGCCUGAACAAGCAGAACCAAGAAUUUUUGACCUUAAAUCUCUUGGUAAUCCCUAUGGUUAUGAAAUUGGAAGCAUGUGGAAGGGCAAACAAGAUUUGGAAAUGAAAACGCCUGAACAAGGAAAAACAAGAAGUUUUGACCUUAAAGCUAACGGAAUUAAUCCUUUAAUUUAUUCAGAACAGACUUUAAAUUCUCCUAUUGUUUGGAACAAAAACAAAGGUCCAACAAAAGUUGAGGGGGAAGAACUUUACAAGGCUAAAAAUAGUCCUAAAACACCACGUCUUACAUUACGUCGCGUGUUAAGUUUAAAAAGCAGCGUAUCUGAAGAAGAUUUUGAUGAAACCCCAGCAAGUCCAGGCAAAAAACAAAGUGGUCUUACGAAUACAUUUAAACGAAUUGGCAGUUUAUCAAAGAGAAAUAACAAAGGAGUGCCAGUCGGUUCGGCCAACCGGGGUUUUCUGAAGAGAUUUUUCACGAUAAAUAAAGGAAAAAAGAAUCAUAUGGACAAUGAAAUGGAGAAAGCUAAAAAUAGUGAAGAGGAUAAAAUCGCCGAACUUAUCAACAUGUUAACUUUUAAAGAUGAUAGUUCAGAAGGAAGCCCGGUACGCUUUUCAGACACAACCCUCAAAAAGGGAGAUGGAAGCAGUUUUAGUUCGUCAAAUCCCUCAAAUCCUCUAUCCCUGAGAAGCUCCUUGGACAAAUCAUUUACCAAUAAUUAUCGUGUCUCGGAUGUUGCGAAAGAAAUUGAGAAUUAUGAUAACGAAGAUUCGGCAUAUAAGCAACGUCUUUCGGAUGUCGCAAAAGGAACUGUGCAUUUUGAGGACGAAGAUUCAACUGAUAAGCAACGUCUCUCGGAUGUCGCGAAAGAAACUGAGAAUUCUGAGGACUAUGAUUCAGAGGACAUAUUUGAAUUGAAUCAUAUUAAGGGAAAUGGUAUAGAAAAUGAUGCUAAUGGAACAAAGGGGAAAGAAUUGAAUCCUAUCGACAAACCUAAUGACAAAAAAACUUUGAAGAGAAAACAUGAAGCUGAUGAGGAGGAAGAUGAUGGGUUUGAAGAGUAUGAAAUUAACAGUGAUCAAGAGAUCAAGCUGAUUGAGCAAAAGAAGAUGAGUAAAAUACAGAAGAUUGGAAAAUAGACUAAAGUUUGAAAAAAGAAAAAAUGG